ACGCCAGUCUGAGAGCAGGGAGCUGGAGACCACUAGCGAGAGAGCCUGUCGUCCUGAAGACCAACCCUUCUCACAUGCAGCGUUCUGAACGAGCGUACUGAAGCCACAGGUGCACGCAGCAGAAAGAGAUUGAUCCCAUGUGGCUGGUUGAAAAGAUCUGCGUGUCAAGCGAGAGAACCAACCAGCUUCUUCCUGUAAUGGAAUACAGCUUUAGAAUUGGUGACAUCAUGUUCGGAGAAAAAAAUCCAACCGAUAAGGCCAAGAGGGUGACCCUGUGUCCCAAUAUCAUCACUCCGGACAACAUCCCUGAAUUCUGCAUUCCACCCAAGAUCUCAGCCGCAGGGGAAGGGAAGUCAGCUCCCUGGGCCAGGCUUUCGCUGGAUGGAAGGGGCAGUCCACAGAAAGAAGUGCCCCCACGAGAGCCAACCAUCACCCACAUCAUCCAGGUGGAGAGCGUGGACGACGGGCCAUACGACAACCUCUGCAGCGACGAGGAGACCACCAAUGCGGACCCCCAUAGCCAGGCAGCGCUCUCUCUGCCUCACCUGGCCAAAACGCAGACCUGCUAUGGCUUUUGCACGCUGCUGGAGAGCCCCCACACCAGAAGGAAGGAGUCCCUCUUCCACAGCGACCCCAGCUCCUGCGGAUUUCCCUUGGUUCUGCCCAGGAGCAGGUCCAACACGUGCUCCAGAUCGCCCACAGCUGCUAUGUCCCCAGCCUCCCCCUCCUCCUUCAGUCUGAACAACUUAACCUCCAGACUCUCCCCCAGGAGCUUCAGCCUGCACAGGCAGGGCACGCUGGACAGUGACACCACCUCCUCGGCCGAGUCCUCCCCUUUCAGCUCACCUCUGCUGGCGAGGUCACUGCCCAGGCCGUCCCUGUUCAAAACGCUCAGCCACGAGAAACUGCUGCACCGCAGCGUCUGCAAGGCUGCCGUCUCCAGGAACGACUCCCUGUCCACAGACGAGGGCAGCUCCACGGACAACAGCCCGAACGUCAUGAGGAAGUCAUCGGAGGCCCUCGUCGAGCCCUUCUCCGGCACCUUUGGCCUGGUGCCCCCUGCAGUCUUUCCCAUGGACCUAAUCCUGCACAGGGAGCGGGUGAUGAAGGAGAGCCUGGUGCCCUUGGGCAGGAAUGGGACUCUGCGGCUCUCCGCGGAAUACUGCCCGGAGAACCAGCGGCUCCGCGUGCGCCUCAUCAGUGCCGAGGGCCUCUACUCCCUGGCUGUGGAUCCCAAGAGCAUCAACUGCAGCGUAAGCCUCUCGCUUCUGCCCGGGAAAGUCCAGAAACAGCGCAGCACGGUCAUUAGGAAGAGUCGAAAUCCCAUCUUCAACGAAGACUUCUUCUUUGACGGCAUAUCCGAGGAAGAGCUCGGCCAGUGGUCUCUGCGGUUUAAAGUCGUCAACAAAAUGUCCACCAUGAAGAGGGACUAUAUUCUUGGCAGUUGUGAUCUUCCUCUAACUAGCAUUGUUACCUUAUAAAAAUUUACUUGCUAUUUCUAUUUAUUUGAUUUGUUUAACAUUAAUUAUUUAUUUACAUUUUUUAUUAUUCCAAAAAUAUAUAUUUCUAAUAAAAGAUG